CUAGAAUGCAAUGCGCAAUUCAUAUCCAGUUUUUCCAGUACAUCAUAAAACUUAACUGCUUGAGAUACCACCAACCCAACCAAGUCACUGUGCAGCGACUCAGUCGCCAUAGGUACCGGUACAUAAAAUUAAAGCACGCGAUAAGCCUGGCCAUAACCGGUCUGGCCCUAGUCGAGUCUUCUCCGUCUCUCACGAUGGAAUUCCCGCACAUACGCAUUGGAGGAGCUCCUUCGUUUUGCGAUCACAACAAUCUUGUCCGCAGCAUAUCCAUCGAACCAUUGGUUGUGAGGAUGCGAUCAGACGUUAACCUUGACAUAUACUUUGACCCAAACGUGAAUGGUAUUUUGAAAGAGAGCGGGCUUCACUCCAUCAAUUUUGAUCGCGAUGGGGAUGUGCUAACGACUGAUGCUUAUUAUUCAGAUAAGGGAUUCAGAAUUUGGACAUUGGCGGAAGUAUCUUCUGGUGUCUUGCUUGUAGAACUUGAUCCAAAGUUUGUACCUUCCGACAACAACAAAACAACUGUUCAAAAGCGCAUUGAGAAAGUUCGGUAUCACAGAGAUAAAGUGAAUGGAUCAUACUACGGUGGAGAUGUUCAUAGUUGGCAGAGGUAUACACGUCAGUUGCCUCUGGCAUGCCAAGUUACCAUUGAUCGAGAUGCACAUGCCCUCUUCAUUCAGUCUGAUUCAUCUCUUCAAAGUGGGAAGUGGUAUGCAAUUGUACUUCAGCAUCGAGAAAAUCAUUGCACUUGUAGCACUGACAUCUACCAUUUUCACUUUGCAAACCCAGAAUGCAUUGACAGGUACGAGAUGGAUCAAGGGCUUGUAAUUAGUGAUGCAGUGCUUCCUUUUCGGUAUUCACAAACAAAAAUUAGGGUGUCGACUCCAGCAACAUCCCCAUCCCCCAGCCUUGAAGAAACCCUGAAGUCACAUGCUGUAGAGGAACAUCGUCAGAAAAUGAAGUUCCUUGAAGAUGAACAGAAGAUCAAACUGAAUUACCUAGAGGAAGAACAGAAGCUCAAAUUGGAAGUACUACAGCUAAAGAAGCAAGUAGAGCAAAGGAAAUUAGAUCUUAUUAAGAAGCACCAAGAUGCCAUUUAAAUAUUUGAGUGAUUGGAAAAAUAAGUUUGGUUCAUUUGUAUUUAACCAUAUUCCGGGUUAUUUGAACCCAU